UGUAGCUCUCUUGUUUAGGAGGUAUAUGACAAUGCAACAAAAUGGCCGAGAGCUUCAAGACGUUUUGCGGAGAUUCUGUUAUUUUCAAUGAGAGUUUACUAUUUGACAACUGGUGGCCCGAGUUCACGCCAUGUUUCCAGAACACUCUCCUUGUGUGGGUGCCGUGUGGGUGGCUGUGGCUGACCUUGCCCUUCUAUCUGGGCUACUUGUGCAAGGUCAAGGACUCCAAACCUCUCCGCGUCAACAUGCUCAACACAUCAAAGAUGUUUUUCAGCAUCUUUCUGAGUUUCAUCUGCGUCGUGGAUGUCAUGAAGGUCGUGACUGAUGGAGAGGAUGUUGUCACGGCUGUGUACGCCGCCAGAGGCCUUCAAGUUGUUACAUUUCUGCUGGCGGCCAUCUUGGUUCAGGUUGAACGAAAGCGAGGCUUCAUCACAUCCGGAAUUCAGUUCAUAUUUUGGCUGUUGACAACAUUGGCAGGAGUGGUACCAUUCUACAGUAGGAUCAUUCAGCAGGAGUACAAGGACCAUCUCUUCCGCUUCGUCCUGUUCUAUGUGUACCAUGGACUUGUGCUGGCGACGUUGCUCCUUCAUUGUUUUGCUGACAGUCGAAAACGACAGGGAAGCUACAGUAUGCAGAAGGAGGUUCAGUCCCCCGAGACGAGGGCAUCCUUUCUCAACAGAGUGACUUUUCACUGGAUCAACUCACUGCUGUUUAAAGGGUAUCGCAAAUCUCUGGAGGAGGAGGACCUGUUUGAGUUGCACCCGAGGGACAAGAGUGAGAGGGUUCUGCCCCAGUUCUGGAAGGCUUGGGUGAAGGAAGUGAGAAGAACACAGAAGAAGAACCAGGAAAAAUAUGGGAAUGAUGCAGCAACUUCCCAUCACAACAUGGUGCAAUAUGACGCCUCGGAGGUGACCACUGGUGGCGUCUCCUUCAAGAGCAAGGUCAAGGACAAGGACAAACCUCAUCGGGCACAGCCGUCCUUUUUCAAAGUGUUGGUGAAGACCUAUGGACCGACACUCCUCAUCUCCCAUUUGAUGAAAUUUGUAUAUGACUUGCUGACAUUUGUCAACCCGUUGCUUACAAAUGCGUUGAUUUCCUUCAUCGACAACCGAGCUACAGAGCAGGAGUGGAAGGGCUACGUCUACGCCUGCUCCUUCUUCGUGAUCGCCCUCACUCAGUCGUGUUUCUUCCACCAGCACUUCCACAUCAGCAUGACACUGGGGAUGAGGAUCAAGUCUGCUGUCAUAUCAGCUGUCUACAAGAAGGCUCUGACCAUCAGCAGUGAUGCGCGGAAAAAAUCCACCGUGGGAGAGAUCGUGAACCUGAUGUCCGUGGACUGCCAGCGUCUCCAGGACACUACCGGCUUCCUACACGUGGUCUGGUCCUCACCUCUGCUGAUCGCUAUUGCGUUUUACAUGUUAUGGGGUAUCCUGGGGCCCUCGGUGUUGGCAGGACUUGGGGUGGUGGUACUGCUGUUCCCGAUAAACAGUUUCUUGUCCGGCAAGCUGCGGCAGUACCAGCGCCAGCUGAUGAAGCUGAAGGAUUCCAGAAUCAAAUUGAUGAGUGAGGUUCUCAAUGGCAUCAAGGUGCUGAAGCUGUACGCCUGGGAGCUGUCCUUCCAGGAGAAGGUGCAGGACAUCCGACGCCAGGAGUUGGCCCUGCUCAGGAAAGUAGCCUACUUCAACGCCGUCAUGUCCUUCUUGUGGAGAACUGCUCCAUACCUGUUGACACUGGCGACAUUUUCUGCCUACAUCCUGUCCUCGCCUGACAACGUGCUGGACGCACAGAAAGCCUUCGUGUCGCUCUCUCUCUUCAACAUUCUCCGGAUGCCCAUGAUCACUCUACCCAUGAUAGUCCAGUUCCUAAUACAGGGCUGGGUGUCCGUCUCUCGUGUGUCCAAGUUUCUCCGGGCCAAGGAUCUGGAUGACUUGAACGUCCGACAGGAUCCACACAGUGAUGCGGCUAUCAAGGUUGAGCAAGGGAAUUUCACUUGGGACAGAGAGCUGCCAAAACCUACCUUGAGGAAAGUGAACCUGGAGAUCCCCGAGGGUAAGCUGGUGGCGGUGGUGGGACAGGUGGGGGCGGGGAAGUCCUCUCUCAUCUCCGCCAUGCUGGGUGAGAUGGACAAACUCAGCGGCAGUGUCACCGUCAAGAGCUCCGUUGCAUACGUGCCUCAAGAAGCGUGGAUCCAGAAUGCCACUCUGCGAGACAACAUCACCUUUGGGCAGGAACACCAUGAGAAGAAGUACAAGAAAAUUGUUGAGGCCUGUGCCUUGACCUCCGACCUCGAGAUAUUGCCUGGAAAAGAUAUGAUUGAAAUAGGAGAGAAAGGCAUCAACCUCAGUGGGGGACAGAAGCAGCGUGUGUCCCUGGCUCGGGCCAUCUACAGUGACGCCGACAUAUACCUCAUGGAUGACCCUCUGAGCGCUGUUGACUCCCACGUGGGGAAACAUAUUUUCCAGGAAGUUGUCGGCCAUAAAGGCAUUCUCCGGAACAAGACUCGACUGUUGGUGACCCAUGGUGUGCACUGGCUGCCGAUGACAGACAUGGUCGUGGUGCUGGUGGACGGUGAGAUCACGGAGAUGGGGACAUAUGACGAGCUCCUGAGUCAUGACGGAGCCUUCGCCCAGUUCCUGAAGACGUACCUCACCCAGGAGGACAGCCCCAAACAGGAAGUCGAUCCUCAGAUUCAAGAGAUGAAGUCUAAGAUCCGGCACAGGUUGGAAUCUGUCACGUCAGACGGAUCAACUUUAGAGGACGAAGUCACAAGCAUUUUGACCCGGCAGACGUCAGUAGUGACUGAUGCAGGCAAGAAGUUGACAGCCCAGGCCAAGGCUGGAGGAAACAAGCUGAUCCAGGAGGAGAAGUCUGAGACAGGCAGGGUGAAGUUCUCCGUGUUCAUGGACUACGCUAAAGCCAUCGGCGGCUUCACCACGUUCUUCAUCUUCUUCAUCUUCGCCAUAUACCAGGCGGCCACCAUGGCCUCCAACGUCUGGAUCAGUGUUUGGACAGGGGACGCACUGCUGAAGAACAUAAGUUUGGUCAACACUUCCGACUAUCAAAACAAGAACACUAUGUACCUCGGAGUUUUCGGGGCCUUCGGGUGCAUCCAGGCGGUUGUGAUACUAUUCUACUCCGUCCUGUCCGCUGUGAAAAUGGUCCGAGCAGCUAGUAGGAUGCAUGCCAAGAUGCUGUCGAGGGUUCUUAGAUCUCCGAUGUCCUUCUUCGACACGACCCCCAUCGGCCGGAUCGUCAACCGCUUCUCUCGGGAUGUGGAAACUGUGGACAACAAUCUUCCCGCACUCUUCAGGAUGUGGAUCAACUGUGUGUUCAAUGUGACAGGCACCCUCAUCGUCAUAAGCUACAGUACCCCCAUCUUCCUGUCAGUCAUCAUUCCUCUUGCAAUACUCUACUAUCUGGUGCAGAGAUUCUACAUACAGACAUCUCGUCAGUUGAAGCGACUGGAAUCAACCACAAGAUCUCCCAUUUAUUCUCAUUUUGGAGAGACAAUCACUGGUGCGUCAUCUAUACGUGCGUACAACGUCACCGACAGAUUCAUCAUGAAAUCCUCAGAAAGAGUGGACAAGAACUUGACUUUCUUCUCUGCAUGGCUGGCCUCCAACAGGUGGCUUGGGGUGCGCCUGGAGUUUCUUGGCAACACAAUAGUUCUGUUUGCUGCUUUAUUCUCCGUUAUUACGACAAAUCUGCCCAGUGGAAUUGUGGGUCUGUCUGUCUCGUACGCUCUUCAGAUCACCCAAUCCCUCAGCUUGCUGGUCCGGAUGACCUCUGACAUCGAGGCUAACAUCGUCUCUGUUGAGAGGAUGAAGGAAUAUUCAGAGAUACAGUCAGAGGCUGAGUGGAUUGUUCCUUCACGCCAACCUCCAAGGUCAUGGCCAGAUGAGGGCAAGGUCACGUUUGACCACUACGAGACCCGAUACAGAUCUGAACUUGACCUUGUGUUGAAGGGCAUCUCCUGUGACAUCAACGGAGGGGAAAAGAUUGGCAUCGUUGGAAGAACUGGUGCUGGGAAGUCGUCGCUAACGGUGGCGCUGUUCCGCCUGAUUGAAGCUGCCGGAGGACGGAUCAUUGUCGAUGGCAGAGCUAUUGAUGACAUGGGUCUGCAUGACCUCAGGUCAAAACUCACCAUACUCCCCCAGGACCCUGUCAUCUUCUCUGGCACCCUGAGGAUGAACCUGGACCCUUUCGACAGCCACAGCGAUGAGGAUCUCUGGCAGGCGUUGGAGCACGCUCAUCUCAAGACGUUUGUGACGGAGUUGCCUAGUCAGCUGGAGUACGAGUGUGGAGAAGGUGGACAAAACCUCAGUGUUGGGCAGAGACAACUGGUAUGCCUGGCCCGGACUCUGCUAAGGAAAACCAAGAUUCUGGUCCUAGACGAAGCUACAGCAGCAGUUGACAUGGAAACCGAUGAUCUGAUCCAAACCACAAUCAAGACAGAGUUCAGGGACUCGACUGUGAUCACCAUCGCCCACCGUCUCAACACCAUCAUGGACUACGACAGAAUCCUGGUGCUGGACCAAGGGCUGGUCAAGGAGUUCGACACGCCGGCAGCUCUCCUGACAGACAAACAAAGCGUCUUCUAUGGGAUGGCCAAAGAUGCAAACCUGGUGUAGAUCUCGCCAUUUGAUCUGCAGGACAAUGUUGAUCCAUCUCAUAGCAAAGUUGAUCCAUUUUAUAGCAAAGUUGAUCCAUUUUAUAACAACAUUGAUCCAUUUUAUAACAACAUUGAUCCAUUUUAAAACAACAUUGAUCUAUUUUAGAUCAGGUGUCAUCAGACAUCUUUGAUUUGAUUUUACGAUAUCAAUGAUCAAUUUAUUGGCAGCUUUGAUCUAUCUUGUGGGACAUGUUUCAUUUACCUAUGGACAUAUCUGAUCUGUCUCUGAACAACGAUGAUUUAACUAUUGACAUCUUUGAUCUAUCUUGUGGGACAUGUUUCAUCCACCUAUGGACAUAUCUGAUCUGUCUCUGGACAACGAUCAUUUAACUUUUGACAUCUUUGAUCCAUUUAUAGGCAACAUCGUCAAUGAUCAAUUUAUUGACAGCGUUGAUCUAUCUUGUGGGACAUGUUUCAUCCACCUAUGGACAUAUCUGAUCUGUCUCUGGACAACGAUCAUUUAACUAUUGACAUCUUUGAUCCAUUUAUAGGCAACAUCGUCACCCUUAUUUAGUCAGUGUACGGAUAUCCUUGAUUCAUAUGAAUACAUUUUUUAUACUUCUUUGGGCGUCUAUAAUUCACAAAAAGAUAUUUCCUUGCAUUACUCAUGAUAAAAUGCUUUCCUCAAAGUAUUGCCGGUCCACAUCUUUGCAUCAUUUCAUAAUAGUUGUGGAUAGUUAUGCAGAUAACUGACACGUGACAUCUCUGUGGAAUUGUUGCAGACAUCUACUAUCUAUCGUCUGUAUGAACCAGCAGUGUACGUGAUCUACGCUGUGCCUUUGCUUGCAAUCUAAGCUACAGUAUGAAAUAUUUCAUGUUGAAUAUGCCAUGUUCAGUUCUUCAGUAGAAAGUGAUUUGACUCCACACAUUUACACUAUAAAAAUGGGCCAUACAUCACCAGGAACCAAAGUGAGGCCACCAGACUGGGGACCGUGGGGGCGAUAUGUCUGCUAUCUGCACGGCUCCCCAGCAGGAUUUACACCAUCCCUUCAGCAGCUUGUGAUGGUACGCAAUUUAGCCAUCGGUUAAAAUAAAUAAAUAUACUACGUUUAAAAGUGAGGUAUGAAUUAAUGUACUUUGAAUCAUGUGGUCUUACAAGUCCUUUCAUUAACCAUCUAAGUUACAAAUUAUACAUUACCAAUAUAAAAUAUAACUAUUUGCACAAUUCAAAAUUUAUCAAGAAUUAUUUAUCACGUAUAAGUGGAAGCUGACAAGAAAUAUUCUUAAUGGCCCAAAGACAGGACAGGAAAUCAGAAAAGAUAAUGAACUGUUUAUGUUUAGAUUGAGUAUUUAUUUAAUUGAUACUGCUGUAAAAAUUGAACUGUCAUUUGGUAAUCUGGAUGAUAUGGUUCUUCAUCCAAAGACUGUGGCAUUAGCUACUCUGUCACCAUCCUUGGAUCCAUCGCUAAAUAUAGAUUUGUAUGUA